UUUUGAAGAAAAUAUAUUUUUUGUUUGAUAUAAAUAUAUUUACUUAAUUACUUUUAGAAAAAUUCGUGCUAUUUAGUGCAGUGUUUUGAGAACUUGCAUUUUUGUUAUAGCGCUAUUUGUGAAUUAUUUCCACAUCUAAAAAACAACAUUUCACAUCAAAAAUGGCUGGGCGCCCAAGACGUAAAGCAGCUGUUAGAGCCAUACAAAUAAUAGAAAUAUCAGAUUCCGAUGAUGAUGUACAUAUCACAUCAAGGAGAGGACGUGACAGCUCAUUUUCUCCACCACCUACUAAGUCUGCACGUAUAGAUGCCGCAGCACGUUCAUUAGCUGGAAGAGAAGUCGCUACCACAAGUACAACUUCAAGAAAACGUUGGCCCACCGAAACUAAUGGUAAAGUUUCACAAACAUCGGAGAAGCGUGCCAAAAAGGAUAGCAAGACAACCUCAAAAUCAAAGGAUAAUAACAAAAACAGUCCAACAAACGAAACUGAAAAUGUAGAAGUAAUGCAGCAAGGAAACGAAGACCAACAAAAGGAUUUGGAAGUUGCAGAUCAGCAAAAUCCUGUAGAAACGGUAACGGAUGGCCAAUGUCUCUCGAGUGCCGGUAACAAUAAACCGGCACGCGAUUCUGCCACUAAUACGGGUCGCAGUUCAUUUUGGGCACGUCGAAAAGUUUGGCGCGUCGAUGAACUGCUCGCCGAAAAAGAGAACGUUGAGCCCUGCACUGCUAAGAAUAUCGUACAGUUGUUAGAAAAUGAGAACACCAUACCAUUCAUUUGUCGGUAUCGGCGUGAUUUAAUUAACCACAUAACGCCUGAAAGACUACGUGAUAUAAAAAAUUCAUACACCGAAAUUGUAGAGUUGCGCAAACGUGCUGAAACGAUUGUUACACAGUUGGAGAAAGAGCAACAAAUAGGCGAUGAAGUACGUACAGAGAUUUUAUGCGCAAAAAGUAACGAAGAAUUGGAAUUUUUGUAUGCACCUUAUAAGCCUGCAAGCAAAGGUUCACUAGCCGAACGUGCUAAAGCUCUUGGUUUAGGUGAUGCUGCGGAUCGCUUGUUGUUCGGUGAAGCUCCAGAAGUGCGUUUGGAAUCUCUUGUAGAUCGCAAUAAUGCAGACCUAGAAAGUGUGGAAAAAGUAUUACAAGGUAUCUGUCACAUCAUUUCGCACAAUAUCAGCAAACAUACAGGUGUUUUGGAAGAGUUGCGACGGCUUCAAAAGGUGCACCGCAUAGUACUUAAGUGUACCAAAUCCAAAACUCCCGUUACCUCAGCCGCUACCAAAUCGUCAACAUCACUGAAGAACCAAUUGAAUAAUAAUAACUCGGUACAUUCCAAGAAUAAAACGGAUGCGUCAAAGUAUGAGACAUAUUAUGAUUUCCAACAAGAUGUGCGUUAUUUAAAACCACAUCAGGUGCUCGCCAUCAAUCGUGCAGAGAAACAGAAGUUUCUAACUGUAAAGAUAGUCACUGCUGAUUAUGUAAAAAAUGAUAUCAAACGGUUUACGCGUGAGCUGUUUAUGAAUGAAGGUCUGCGUUACCCACUGCGCAAUCAGGUGUUCGAACAGGCAUUCGAGGAAUGCUACAGUAAAAAAUUACAACCGCUUCUGUCACGUCAGCUACGUAGUGACCUGAAUGAAUCCGCCAAAAAAGCUGCUAUCGAUGUAUUUGCGCAAAAUUUGAAACAAUUAUUGCUGCAAUCACCACUUAAAGGCGAACGCAUUCUUGGCAUCGAUCCAGGUUUUACCAAUGGUUGCAAGUUGGCGCUAAUCUCCGAGACAGCAGAUGUUUUGGAAACUGGUGUGAUAUAUCCGCAUGCUCGCAGCAGUAAUGCUGAAGAGGUAGGCGAGAAAUUAGCCAAAUUACUAGCUAGACACAAUUGCAAAAUAAUCGCUUUGGGCAACGGCACGGCCUGUCGUGAAACGGAGUUUUGGCUUUCCACUCUAUUCGAUUUGGGCAUUUUAGAUAAAAAUAAUGUACGGUAUAGUAUUGUUUCCGAGCAAGGCGCUUCGAUAUACUCGUGUAGUGACGUAGCCCGUCAAGAAUUUCCAGACAUGGAUAUGAAUGAGAUCAGUGCAGUUUCCAUCGCACGCCGUUUAAAUGAUCCGCUAAGUGAAUAUGUAAAAAUUGAGCCACGGCACAUUGGUGUUGGCAUGUACCAGCACGAUGUGCCGGAAAAAACGUUGAACGAGGCGCUGAAUGAGGUGGUUUCUGAGUGUGUAAGUUUUGUGGGCGUGGACAUCAACACAGCCAGUUUGAGUGUGUUAAAGCAUGUAGCGGGCUUGAGUGAGAAGAAAGCGCAAAAAAUUAUAGAACAUCGUUCAAGUAACGGUCCAUUUCAAACGCGCAAGGAUCUAUUGAAAGUAAAGUCUAUUGGUGAAAAGACAUUUGUACAAUGUGCUGGCUUUAUACGCAUCGAACCUCUGAGUGUGGGUGGAAAAAUUGAAAAUCUACUGGACUGCACUUGGGUGCAUCCAGAGAGUUAUGCUGUUGCCAAAAAAGUUAUAAGCAAAUGCAAUUUGUUACUCAAAGACAUCGGGAGUACACCGUUUAUCUGCAAAAUUAAAGCUUACGCCUUGCAAUGUGAUAUGGAAGAGCUGGCCGAUAAUUUUCAAAUACCAAAAGAGCGUGUCGAUGUCGUGUUAAUGGCCUUACAACGCGAGCUCACGCAAGAUUAUCGUGCAGAAUUCGCCAAACGUCCGCUUUUCAAGCAAGGUUUAACUCGUAUAACUGAGCUCAGUGAGGGUGAUGUGCUAACGGGUGCCGUCUCAAACAUCACACACUUUGGCGCUUUUGUUGAUAUUGGCGUUGAAUGCAAUGCGCUUAUACACAUAAGUAAAAUGAAGAAUAGAGAGCUAAGUGUAGGCGAUCGUGUAACUGUAUCAAUUAUUCAAAUUGAUAUACCGCGCAAACGGAUUGGUGUACGUCUGGAAGAUACGAUAAAGGAGACCGACACAUCGUUUACUUUGACCUAAUUUAGAUUAAAGCUUAGACAAUACUUGGUUACUAGAAUAUAAAUAUUUUUGUAUAACAUACGUAUUUUUCUUUACGUAAACAAAUGUAUAUUUUUCGACCAUGUUUAUACAUUAAGCAUAAAAUAUUCACUCAUAACAUAAAUAUGAAAUUUAUAGAAAAUAAUACAUUACUUCAAAGACAAAUAUGGCUUAUUGUUAACCAUUACAGCCAUAAUUCGUUAAAAUAAGCUGUUAUUUUUAGUAGACUAGAUUUAAGCAUAUUUUAUUUAUAUAAAGAAGUGUUUUGCAAGCUAAAGACAUCUACUAGUAAUCAAGUGAAUUUUUAAGACAUUACAAACCACACCGAUUCGUUAAAAUAUUCAAACAUUCAUUCCGAUGCUUGGAAAAAGCUUCUCGGCUAAUCGCGUUAGUGAUUGGAGAGGAGAACCACAGACUAUCACCCUAGAGUGCCUGUGUGUCCGGUCUGACACGUUACUCUGUUACUCUCUAGAAAGGGCUUUUCCUCUCAGAUUUGGAGAUAUCGUAUUGAAAUUUUGCACACGUUCUUUUCUUCACAAGAAGCUAAUCAUUUGUCGGAAACGCUGAUAUCGGACCCUUAUAAGAAAUAGCUGUCUGUAUGGCAACUGAUUGAUCAAAAUGAAGUUCUUGUACGGAAGACUUUUUUAUUUGACAAGAUAUCUACCGCUACAAUCUCCGAACAUAUUGUUCAGAUCGGACCAGUAUAACAAAUAGGUGUCAUACAAACUAUAAUAUUAUAAAGGCAUUGUCAUAUUAUAAAGGCAUUGCGUAAUUCUUAUAUGUAAAAUAAUCUCAUCAUCUUAUAAUCUAAAUUCUAAAAAAUACAAGAUUUCCUUAGGAAUCUUCGACUAACCUGGUUCACAAUAAACUAACUGUUGUUGUUGUAGCUCUUGUAGCAACAAAAAAUAUGUCCCAGAUAAUUUCGAACGUAGUUUUGGGAAGGAAGUCCGUGUUCAUUCCUUUUAAGUAGACUCGGCGCCGAAGUCACUUUCUUGUUUCAAAUUCGAGCUAGGUUGAACGAAAUCACAAGCACACACAAAAUCACAAGUUACACAACAACAACGUAUUGUCAAAUUUUCAUUGAACAAGUUUAAUCCUCUUUAUAGAUGGCAAUUUCUCACAUGUUCUUCGAGGACAUGCGACAUCUUUUCUGUUAACCCGUUGCAUAUUAGUUUUUAAUCUUCAAAUUAUAAAUUAAAUAAAUUAUAUUUUACGUUGAUAAAAAGCAAGUCGUAAUAAUAUCAAUGAUGAACACUGUAAGGAAUUAAUAAUGAAAAACACUGUAAUAAAAUAUUAUUGAAAGUGGGCAAACGUAGUAGUUUGUUCAAAAUCAA